CUACCUUCUCGCCUGCUUACGGUAUAGUCGCCUCUUCUAUCGAUGGUUGCUUACCUUACCUUACCUGUUUAAACGUUUGAUAUAAAACACGCAUAGCGCACACACAUCCAGAGUCGCAUACCAAUUACUUUACGCGUCGCCUAAGCCGAACGGAUCUACCUUACCAUGGCGCUGGCGGCUUUAUACAAGCAGUUUCUUGCUGCGCCAGAUGCAUCCCAACUAGCUGACGAGGCUGCCCUCCAUUAUAUCACAACCACAACUAGCUUUAAGGGUCCCGCCGAAAUUUUGAAACACUUCAACACUGCGGCCAAACAACUCAAGAAGAAAAAGGAAGACUUGCUUUUCGUUGUCGAAAAUCAGAAUGCUGUUGUCGCCGAGAUUAACACGGAAGUUGAGUUCGCUAUCAACGGUGGGCCUUACCUACCUGGUCUAGACGACAACUUUGUAGCAGACAACACUGUCUAUUUUCCAAUUACACACAUUGUCACCUUUGACAACAGUGGCAAGAUCCAACAGAUUCGCCAGACCUGGGACCAAGGCUCUUUGCUCAAGCAGCUUGGUGUCAUCGGCAAGUUAGGUCGCAAUUGGCCUAUUCGUGACACUAAAGACCAGAUUAAAUUGAUCCAGGCGUGCGUAAAGACAUCCAACGAUGCCAACCCGGACCAAGAUUCUUAUAGUCUUGCUGUUCGCUCUCGUGGCAAUUCGACCAACGUCCUGCGCGAUCCUCAUGCUUCUCUGUCCUUAUUCGCUCCGCGCGAAGAAAUUGACGAGAGUAUAGCCUCCGUCAUCUCCCCUAGGGGUGGAGCCCGACCGCGACAGCGCGAUUUCACCGAGAUUCUGGGUGAUGAACCGGUUGAAGCUCCUGGUCGCGAACGAUCCGAGUCGCCGAGUAAGGCGGUUGCUCCCAAAGCCGGCGCCGACAAGAAGUUUCAACCUAGCCGUCUAUUUGGGGAAGAAGAGGGCUUGGACGAGCCUAACUCGCCGGAGGCCACCGCAUCCCCCAAUCGUCACUAUCGCCCCAACCCCAAGAAGUACAAUCACUUCGAUUUUGGUGACGGUUCUGACGAGCCUGAGAACCUACCUCAACCAAGUGAUCCUGCUCCCAAAAAGACUAAGCAUACUAGCCAAUGGUCUUUCGAUGACUUCACAACUCCACACAAAGCCAAGCCAUCCAAGUUUUUGCAACAGCAAAAUGUGCGCCACUGGGGAACUGAGGACGACGAAGUCCAGGACAGUCCCGUGCGCAAGGCCGCACCCGGCAAGCCUCGUCGCGACGCCGAGACCCACUUCGAAUUCGUUGACGAUGGCAUCCCCAGUGGUGAACCCCGUGCUUCGCGACCUCGUGGUGCCACUCAAAACACAGAGCUCGGCUUAUACAAGAACAACUUGUACAGCGAGGAAGGAAACGGAUCGGCUCCUGCCGGCGAGCCUAAGCCCCUAGGAGCUAUCACAAACCUCAAGGACCGUGGCCGAGAUUUCGAGGCUCAUUGGAAAAUGGUCGACGAUUCACCCGGAGCGAAGGUGCAACCUAAGCCUGUGGUAGGGGAAGAUACGAAGAAGGUUGUCAAGAUGAUGGACGCCAACUGGACGAACUACGAACAAUCUCCUGUGCAAAAGGAGAACAAACCCGUUGUGGUGCCAGGCCGUUCUAGAGCCGAUGGAGACCGAGGAAUCCACAUCGGCGGCGAUGGAAUGGGCGGUGGUAAGGGCUCCAACCGUAACUGGCUAUUCGGCGACGACGUAGACGAGGACCACCCAGUUCAACCUGUUCAAAGGCCAGGAACCAGGAAACCCAAGCCCGCGACCGCAAGAUCAGACUUUGAUUGGGAAUUUUAGGCGACCCGGCGUAAUCAUAAACGCUAAGAAAACGUUCGUACCCUCAAGUGCGAACGGCAAUUGACGCGAACAUUUAUUUUUACUACGAACGGAAAUGCCUAGAUGUCGCUUAUGAAUUAAUGAGAAGAAUGCCAGG